AUGGCGCCCAAGAGCGAAGUCGGAAGCAAGAGGAAGCUUGCCAACGGCAGCAAAGACCACACUAGCAAGAAGCCGAAAUACGAGAAGCGACCUCCAGUCAAACCGCAGAGCUCAGAAGAGACCAGCGACGGCAGCGAUUUCGCCGACUUGUCAGAUCAAGACGAUGGUGGUGCAUCACUGAGCGGCAAGAAGUCACAGAAGAAUGACGGCGUACCUGUUCGCUCCAAGCCAACCGACGACCAAGGCAAAGUCUUCGAGAGAGGCCAAAACUCCCGAGAAUCCCACCUCAAACAGAAGCAGCUUGCUCAAGAGCGAAAAGCGAACAAACCCUUGGCCGACGAACUACACAGAGCGAAGAAGCUAUGGGAGAGGCUGCGCCGGAAGUCUCAUGUUCCCAAGGAGGAAAGACAGAAGCUCGUCGAGGAGCUCUUCGAAAUUGCUACCGGGCGUAUGAGAGAGUUUGCGCUUAAGCACGAUGCUGUCCGUAUUGUACAGACUGCCAUCAAGUACUCCAACACCGAGCGCCGGAAGAUGAUCGCAAACGAACUGAAGGGAACCUACCCCGUGUUGGCCGAGAGCAAGUACGCCAAGUUCCUGAUCGGCAAGCUUCUCGUCGAAGGUGACAAGGAAAUCCGAGACUUGAUUGUCCCAGAGUUCUAUGGAAAGGUUCGGAAGUUCAUCAACCAUCCCGAGGCAUCGUGGAUUCUCGACGAUGUCUACCGAGGCGUUGCGACCAAGGAGCAGAAGGCCAUUCUGCUCAGGGAGUGGUACGGGCCCGAGUUCUCGAUCUUCCGACAGACAGGGGAUCCCACUCUCUCGGGCGACCUCUCAACGAUCAUAGAGGAACAACCUAGCAAACGUGGCACGAUUAUGAAGUAUUUGCUCGACGCGACCAACCAGCUGAUUCAGAAGAAGUUGACUGGUUUUACGAUGCUGCACGAUGCCAUGUACCAGUACUACAUCAAUGCGAAGCCAGGCUCCGAGGAGGCGAAGGAGUACAUCGAGAUGAUCAAGGAGGACGAAAGCGGCGAUCUGUUGAAGAACAUGGCCUUCACUAAGUCAGGGGCUCGCCUCGUGAGCUUGAUGCUUGCCUACGGCACGGCCAAGGACCGCAAACAGAUCCUGAAGACGUACAAAGAUACGUUCCAGCUCAUGUCGGCAGAUCCGAAUGGUCAUCAGGUCAUACUCGCAGCUUAUGACACCAUCGACGACACCGUUUUGACUUCAAAGUCUAUCAUCCUUGAGUUGCUCGGCAAGUCUGAGCAAACCGAGCUUUCCAAUAUUGUCGCCCUUGCAAAUGACCCAAACGCGCGCUUAACGAUACGGUACCUCCUCGAGGGUCCGUCCAAAGCACUGUUUGAUGCCAGCCACGCCGACGACCUGAAACUUCUCGAAGAAAUCUGGGAAAUACGCAAGACUACGAGCAAGAAAGAUCCUGAGAUCCGCCGGAAAGAGCUUAUUGCAGCACUGUCACCGUCUCUACUAGCCGCUAUCGCCUCAUCACCGUUAGACUUGAUCUCAACUUCGUUCGGGUCCCAAUUGGUCACCGAGGCCCUGUUGGCUGGUGUUGGGGACAAAUUCGCAGCGUUAGAAGCUAUUGCAUCCACUGCUGCAGGUGAUCCCGACGAGGGAGGCGAGCCGAUGGAGACCAACGAGGCCACGGAGAGUAUCCCUCCACCGAUUCACAUCUCCAAGGCUACCCAUGGUGGCCGCAUGUUCAAGACGCUGAUAUCCGGGGGCCGAUUUGACAAGGCAACGCGCAAGGUCAUACCGGUCGACCCUCCACUCCACUUUGCAGAUAUACUAUAUCCCGUCAUCAAGGAACACAUCAUGACAUGGGCAACGGGUCCCAGUUCUUUUGUGGUGGUCAAUCUCCUCGAGGCAGAUGACUUCUCGCACGGAGACGAACUGAGGAAAACGCUGAAGAAGAACAAGAAAAUGCUGGAAAAGGCUGCGACAGAGGAACCGCCUGAGCAGAAGGCUGCGCGAGAGGUUAUUGAGACGAACGGGGAAGAGGAGAAACCAGCGAAGAAGGCCAAGAAAGCGGGCCCAAAAAGGGAGAGGCCCGUCGGAAAUAUGGGCUCGAAACUGUUAUUGGGGAAGCUCACGAAGUGA